GCAAGUCCAACUACGCGGAAGUUUCUAUAAUUAUUUCUAUUUUUUGUAUUGGGCCCGGUCGGAACAUUAGGCUAAGAACAAUGAUCUCUCUUCAAGCCCUCCGACAAACCGGGCUUUCUGCCACGCGCAGCUUUAACGCUUCCAGCACAAUUAGACAUUUCUCAGUAUCUCGCACCAACUACGAUAACCAAGAAUGUAAAGUUCUAGUUGUAGGCGGCGGUAGCGGUGGUUGUGCCAUGGCCGCAAAGCUCUCGUCGAAACUUGGUAAAGAUAAGGUCAUCAUUCUGGAGCCCGCAGAUAAGCAUUAUUAUCAGCCAAUGUUUACGCUGAUAGGAGGUGGAAUGAAACAAGUGGAUCAAUCUUACAAGCUGAUGUCAGACGUACUGCCGCAAAAGGCGAAAUGGAUUCGUGAAAAGGCCACAGACUUUGAUCCCGAUAACAACGUUGUUAAGACUUCAAGUGGUACAACAAUUAAGUAUGAUAUGCUGCUCAUUGCAAUCGGUCUCCAGCUAAACUUUAAUAAGAUCCCUGGCCUGGUGGAGGCUUUGGAGAUACCAAACGGUAAAGUUGGUUCGAUUUACUCACCAAAGUACGUAGACCGUGUCUACAACUCCUUGCGGAACAUUAAGGAAGGUAACGCAAUUUUUACGUUCCCUGCAUCGCCGGUUAAGUGCCCGGGUGCGCCGCAAAAGAUUUUGUACAUUGCGGAGCACUAUUUCCGCAAGCUAGGCAAACGGAACAACAUAAAUGUCAUAUACAAUACCUCGUUGCCUGUUCUUUUCGGUGUAAAGCACUAUGCAGAUGCCCUAUGGCCCAUUGUUAAGAAACGCAACAUAACGGUGAACACGCGUCGAAAUCUGAUUGAGGUUAGACCGGAAAAAGAUAUCGCUAUCUUCCAAAACCUGGAUAAUCCGAGUGAAAUAUAUGAAGAGCAGUACUCGAUGCUUCAUGCCGUACCACCCAUGAGCGCACCGGAUGAGCUAACCAAGUGCAAGGAACUGGUAAACGAGUCGGGAUUCGUGGAUGUCGACAAAUCGACACUUCAACAUACAAAGUACAAGAAUGUUUUCGCCAUUGGAGACUGUUCUGGUUCACCGAAUUCAAAGACUGCUGCAUCCGCAGCUGCACAAUCACCAGUUGUCUAUCGCAAUAUGAUCGCGGCGCUGGCAGGAAAGCCUCUAAACAACAGCUACGAUGGGUAUGCCUCAUGCCCCCUAGUUACCGGUUACAACAGCUGCAUAUUGGCAGAAUUUGAUUACUCCUUGACUCCUCUGGAGACAUUCCCAAUGCCCCAAAAUAAGGAGCGGUACACAAUGUUCUUCAUGAAAAAGCAAUUGAUGCCUAUGCUGUACUGGACACUAAUGCUUCCAGGCUACUGGAAUGGACCAGCUUUAAUGCGAAACCUAUUCGCUCCCUUUAGGUUCAGUCAAAAAUAGAAGACCCUGUUACUCAAACGGCAACAAAAUCCAUCAUUUUAUGUUUAUUACUUUAUUUCUGUUUGUGAUCGAUUUUAUAUUGAGGCAUUUUUAAUGAAAUAAAAUAUAUUGAUGAAAAAUA